AUCAACAUAAUCACAUUCAUAAUCACCCUAUCCCUCACCCUAAGCAUCAUCCUAACUACAUUAAACUUCUGACUCACCCAAACCAACCCAGACUCAGAGAAACUAUCCCCAUACGAAUGUGGCUUUGACCCACUUGGAUCCGCCCGCCUUCCAUUUUCAAUCCGAUUCUUCCUCGUAGCAAUCCUAUUCCUCCUAUUCGACCUAGAAAUUGCACUACUACUCCCCCUCCCCUGAGCUAUCCAACUUCAAUCUCCUACCACCACCCUAACCUGAGCGUCUAUCAUCCUCCUACUACUCACACUAGGACUAAUCUACGAAUGAAUACAAGGGGGCCUGGAAUGAGCAGAAUAA